GCAUAGCUCACACACGGCCGAGCUAUCUACAUUUCUGCAGUCUUCCUCCUUUUUUGUGGACUGCUAUGGACGUCUCUGAAGCCGCAAAUGAAGCAGAGAGGCCACGGCAUAGACCUUUCUUGAUUGGGGUCAGUGGAGGAACAGCCAGCGGCAAGUCAACAGUUUGUGCCAAGAUCAUGGAGCUGCUGGGCCAAAACAAGGUGGACCACCGCCAGAGGAAGGUGGCUAUUGUGAGCCAGGACAGUUUCUACAGAGUCCUGACCCCAGAGCAAAAGGCAAAGGCUCUGAAGGGCCAGUACAACUUUGACCACCCAGAGGCAUUCGACAACAAGUUGAUGUACAAAACCUUGAAGGACAUCGUGGAGGGGAAGGUGGUUGAAGUGCCAACGUAUGACUUUGUCACCCAUUCCAGGCUGGAAGACAGGAUCACAGUUUAUCCUGCAGACGUGGUCCUCUUUGAGGGGAUCCUCGUCUUCUACCCGCAGCAAGUGCGUGAUAUGUUUCACAUGAAGCUCUUUGUGGACACAGACUCAGAUGUCCGACUGUCUCGCAGAGUUUUGAGGGACAUGAACAGAGGGCGGGACCUAGAGCAGAUACUCACUCAGUAUACAACGUUUGUCAAACCUGCUUUUGAGGAAUUCUGUUUGCCUACUAAGAAGUAUGCAGAUGUCAUUAUUCCAAGGGGAGUUGAUAAUAUGGUCGCCAUCAACCUCAUUGUGCAGCACAUCCAAGACAUUCUGAACGGCGACCUCUGCAAAUGGCAACGCGGGUCCAUGAACGGCCACGGGCGGAACUUGAAACGGGCCAUUUCUGAGCAGGGCGACCUGCAAAACGGAACUGCUAAUCCUUCGGGAAAGAGGGUCCUGCUAGAGCCGAGUAGUCGGCCUCACUGAGACUGUGCGGACGGUUGAGUCCAGACUGUGAAUAUGAGCUUUGAGUUGCUGCUGCUGAUAUGUGGAGAGAGAGAGAGAGAGAGAGAGGUUCACCGUGUUAUCAGUCUCUGCGUCUUUUUAAAAGAAAAAAGCUAUCAACAAUCCAGUGGUGAACGCAUUAAAUGCUGCAACCACUUCACGAUUUUCCUGUAAUUAUUGGUACAUAACAAAUAUCCUAAUAGAUUAUGCUUCUCACAUGUAAUAGUCUUCCAUCAUACGGUUUGAUUUUUCAGUGUGCACUGUGGUUAAAUAACCUGUUACUGAAACGGAGGUGUGGAAGAGUUAUUUAAAUGUUUAGUUUAAGUCACGAUUUUUGCACUUUGUUAUUUUUACCUUUUGUUGCUUUAAUGGAAAUUAAUAUAUUGAAGUCAUAUUAAUAUUGAUCUGCUGCAAUUAUCUUAUUUCUUCCUCUGUUUCUGUUUGUCAUAAUUUAUUUAAAUCAGAAAUAGGCCAGAUGGCUGCAUAUUUUAGUAGUGUUUCACCUAGAUUGCUAAGGAGUGCUUCCUUUUGGUUAUUUAAAGCUGAAUUACAUGCCUUAACUUUUUAAAGUUCAUUUUUCCACUGACCAUUCUGUAAUAAUAAUAAAUGGGGAUUUUGUUUUCAAGUU